UAUGCUAAACGAGGAUUAUUUACGAAGAAAUCCAUAUAUUUUACUAUAGAAUUUAUUAUAGACUAUACUCUUGCAGCCUUCCACCACAGGUAUUCCAGCCAUCUCCCUACCGUGAUUCCACUUUGCGAUUGACAGGCUUUUCAAGUUUACAGGCCUGCCACUGCUCUCCAGAAACUAGGGUUCUUCAACAACUCGUCGAAUUGCUCGUUGGUGUAGAAAAUGGAUAUUGAAGUUGAUCAUUAUGCUGUGUUGGAUUUGCCCUCUGGUGAGGAAGGGGCCAAGCUUUCUGAGAAAGACAUAUCUAAAGCCUAUAAAAAGAAAGCAUUAGAGUUGCAUCCAGACAAGAGGCGCGGUGAUCCAAAUGCUGACUUGAACUUUCAAAAGCUGAAGACUUCAUAUGAGAUUCUCAAGGACGAGAGUGCGAGGAAGUUAUUUGAUGGUCUACUUCGCGUGAAGCGUGAGAAGAUACAACGCCAAUCACAACAAGAUUCAAAACGCAGAAAGAUGAUGUCAGAUCUCGAGGCAAGAGAGCGUGCUGCCUCUCAAGAAGAGGAGGAACGAAUUGCUAGAAAACUUAAAGAAGAAAUUGCUCGAAUUCGUGCAAUGCAUUCAAGGAAAGUGUCUACUUCACAGAAAGAGGCACAGACAAGGGCUAAGGUGAUUUUGACUAGCGUAGACAAGGAAAAGGUGGUUAAAGUAUGGGACAAAAAUUUUGAAGACUCGGUAUUAGAAAAAAUGAGAAAGACUGCUCAAAGGGAAAAAAACAAUGCGGAAGCUCCUUAAGGAUUUCUACUCUUGAAAAUAACACAAAUUACCUGCUACAACAGGUAGAGUACAAAAUUUCUUACAUCGGCGGUACAUAUAACUUAAACUCUUCUUGAAAUACAGCUUGAUCUUUGUUUGCCUGUACAAUCCAAAUUCGUAGAAACUCAUACAGAACAGGGACAUAUUGCUAUUUGGAAAAACCAUGAACAAGUGAUGGGUUCAUCAUUUUAUGUUUAUGCAUAUUUUACUACUGAAAUUUCCUUUCUGUUAUUCUUUUUUCAUUUUUUUUUUUUUUGCCACAAUUCUCUUCUAGCUGUUCUGUUUUUCCUCUGCAUCAAUGUUUCUUCCUUUUCCCCUUUAAUGUCCAAUAUUUAUUGCUACUA